UUUCCCCCUGGUCGUGGUUCAACUUCAACAGAGCCCGUAAAGGCUAUCCCUCGUCAUAGAUGUAAAGUUGAUGCUUUAACUAGUUGCUCCAACGGAAAUCCGGGAACAGAACCAUAUAUUGUGGGACACCAUUUGAUCCUUUCUCAUGCAGCAGCAGUUGAUAUUUACAAGCAAAGAUAUCAGGCACAUCAAGGAGGCAAGAUAGGAGUAACAAAUGUGGCUCAGUGGUAUGAGCCACUCACUGACACCAUAGCUGAUAAAGAGGCUGCUUCGAGGGGCCUCGAUUUUAUGUUGGGCUGGUUCGUAGGACCUGUAGUAACUGGUGACUACCCGCCAGUUAUGAGAAAAUUAGUUGGAGACCGUCUUCCCCAAUUUACACAAGAACAAGCUAAGUUGGUGAAAGGGUCUUAUGAUUUUCUAGGCAUAAAUUAUUACACUAGUUCUUAUGCUAGCAAUUCACCUAGCGAACCUGGUACAUCACCUAGUUAUUCGAAUGAUCAAGAUAUUGCAGUAUCGAGUGAACGUGAUGGGAUACCUAUUGGUCCUAAGGGCGGUUCAGAUUGGUUGUAUAUUGUUCCAUAUGGGAUUUACAAGCUGUUGAUUCAUCUAAAGGAAACAUAUAAAAAUCCUGUCAUUUACAUUACUGAGAAUGGGGUGGAUGAAGAGAACAAUACGGCCCUAACAAUUUCAGAAGCUCGAUUAGAUGAGACGAGGAUUAGAUAUCACCAAGACCAUCUCUUUUACAUUAAGAAAGCGAUGGAUGAAGGCGUAGAUGUGAAGGCUUACUACAUAUGGUCAAUGUUUGACAACUUUGAAUGGGGCGCAGGAUACAGUGUUAGAUUUGGCCUUUUUUAUGUAGAUUUCGUGAAUGGCCGUUUCACAAGAUUUCCAAAAGCCUCUGCUGUAUGGUUGACGAAUUUCUUGAACAAAAAGCGAAAUACAUUAAAGCGGCAAGCUCAAGAAAAUGAAGAAGUGUAUGGCUCAGUGAAAAGGCUAAGAAGCACUUAAAUGUAAAAUUAAUCUGGUCAUAUUCCAUUGUAAAUUUGUCUGGUCCUGCACUUCAUUUGAAUGCUCCAUUCAUGCGUUUUUCUUCAUUUUUGCCUAUUGUUGAGGCAUUUAUGUUGCAAUUAUCAAUUUUUUAUAUUUAAAAUAAAUGUAAUUCUAUUGUCUUUUUCUA